UGGUUAUGUGUGUCGGUGACGGUGUGUUGGUGCGAUGAAAUUGUAAACAUUCCAAAAUGCCUAGUUCUCUUCUUUUUGGUAUAAACAGUGAGGGGCGCGUCCACACCCUCUCCACCACGGGGACGAUGUGGCGCGAAAUUCCUUACGCCGGACAAGAAUUCAAAAAACUAGCUGCAGUCCCGCACUUCCUAUGGGCGUUAGGGGGCGACCACCAAAUCUACGUGUACGUCCACGGCCUCGACAUUCCUAUUCGAGUCCGAGAAGAGUCCUACGAAAAUGAGAGGUGGCUUCCGAUUGAAGGCUUCUCGUCGCGUCUUUUACCGACAGAUCGCUACCAUUUUUCGAAUGCUGACGGCACCGUUGAUCGCUCAAUUGAUAAAAUUAGGCUGCCGUCAAUGGCUUGGCAAUGGGAGGGCGAUUGGCAGUUGGAGUUGACGCUGGAUGGGCAGCCUUUGGACCACCAGGGGUGGACCUAUGCGGUCGAUUUUCCGUCGCAGUAUUAUUCGAAGAAGCAGUGGAAGAGUUGCGUGAGGCGGCGACUGUGGGUGAGAUCGCGGAGGUACAGCGCGAUGAAUUCGUGGUGUGCGAUAGCCCCCUUACACAAAGACGCCACAAGUGAGCCAUUCAUUGACAUAUCAAUCGGGGGGCAAUCGGUAGCGGGGGCGGAGCCCGGCACAAUGCUGGUUUGGGCCGUAACUUCACACAACCGGGUCAUGUUUCGUACUGGCGUCAGUACGAAGUCUCCCGAGGGGGCCCGUUGGAAUCCUAUCCAAGUGCCUCUCGGCAGCGAAGUAAACCAAAUCAACGUGGGCCCCACGGGUCUAGUCUGGGCGUCUCUCCUUGACGGCCGCGCCCUAGUUCGUAUCGGAGUCACUCGUGAUUGCCUCACCGGUGAUUCUUGGGUGGAAGUCCGAGGCCCCGGAGACAAUCUAAAAAUAAGCCAGCUCUCUGUGGGCAGUUGCGCCGUUUGGGCAGUUACCCAAACCAAGCAAGUCUGGUUUAGAAAAGGGGUGAAAGGGGAGGGUGCGGGGAUGAGCGAGGAGCUGGCUGCUGGAUGCGGAUGGGUGGAAAUGGUCGGCCGGAUGGCACAAAUCAGUGUCGCCGCCAACGACCAAGUUUUUGCAGUGGGGGCCGAUGAUCGUCUGGUUUACUAUAGGAGCGGAGUGGUUAAUUCGGAUUUGACGGGGAAGAGGUGGAAGGCGCUGCAUGCUCCCUUGCAAGUCAGUAGGGCUAGCAGUAAUGCGAGUCUUAAUAGAGAUAAGUUUCAUCGCAGCUUUAACGCUUUGCAGAGUCGCCCUAGCAGCAUGUGUGAACCGUCGACGAUCUCCGAAUGGGAGGACCAAUCUCACUCCGCCCCUACGGCUCCCACGUCCCUCCCUGUCGGUGACCUAACCCAAAAAUUCGAGACUCAACCAAAGAAUCCCAAAGCUUGGAGUCCUGUCCACUCGGUAGGCUCCAUCGUCGGUACUGAAGUCCACCCGGAAGUGGACGAAAGUGUAUGGAGUGAUGGCAGUCGUGAAUCGUGCAUUUUUGCUGAAGACGAAGAGCUCGGCUGGGCGGAAUACGAAGCGCCCUGGUCGUGGGUUGAGGCGGGCGCUUGUACCGUCGAUCCCGCCCAGUUGCCCAAUUGGUUUGCUGAAACUGGAGGCGGGGCUAACCAAACCGAAAUCGACGAACCAUGGCGUUUGAAAAUUUUACAAGAAUUGAAAUUGCGACUGCCUACCGAAAAGUACAAGAAUUGGCAGUUGGCCGUGGAUACGACAUCGUGGGUGCAUUCAGGGGAGGCGCGUGUUAGUUGGGGAAGUGGCCAGUUUGUUGAUUGUCUGUUGCAAUUGGAAUGGGUGCAGACGACAGGGACUUUAACAGUGUUGAACCCGGACGGGGCGAGCACUAUGAAUAUUUUUAGUUUGAAUGAAAUCACGUGUAUCCAAUGCUGUAGCGAGCCAGGAAAUCCCCGGCUUGCGAUUCAUUGCCCACGCCACGCCCCAUCGAUGUUAAGGUUACAGUUUAGUAGCGACGCCCAGUUGGAAGAAUGGCAAACGCAUUUUGCCACAACUUGUGGAAAAUUGCAUCAAGCGUUGGGUAAGCCCAGCGAGGAGAGUGUGUGGGCGGUGACUGGUUUAGGGGAUGUGUUUAUUUGGGACCCGACCCAACUCGAAUCAAAUCAACUGCGUGAGAAUGAUUAUUAUGUACAAAAGUUUGAUUUGAGUGGAAAAGAAUCGCCGAUUAAAGUCGCUCUUCAUGGGAGUUUCAGUCCAGGUACUACCGUAACCUUAACUGGGUGUAUAGGAGAUGAUGCGGACCGAAUUGGGAUUAAUCUAGACGCCCAUUCGACAUACAAAUUGCGUCACAAGGCUUACAGCGAGUUUGAAAAUACUUGUCUGCACUUCAAUCCGAGGUUUGCCGAUGGUUACAUCGUGAGAAAUUCGAUGAUUGAGGGGAAGUGGGGAAAGGAGGAGUAUGAUGGUGAAAUGCCGUUACAAAAAGGGCACGAAUUUACCCUAAAAAUUGAGACAACAGAAGACGCCUUUGUUAUUUAUAUCGAUGAUAAACUUUUCACCCAUUAUAGACACCGUCUACCCCCAAAUUCAGUCUCAAUGUUGAAUAUUUGGGGACGUUUACAACCAUUCCGAUUAGUUAUUAAAUGUCCCGAUAUCAUUCUCGAUCCGUUAAAUUUGUAUUGGAGGCAAGUGGGCGGUCAUUUGAGGCGUGUAGAAUCAUGUCGAGUGGGCGUGACUUGGGGUAUCGGCUAUGACCACACGGCGUGGGUGUAUAACGGUGGGUGGGGCGGCGGUUUUUUGGGGCCUUUGGACAGUCAUAAUGUUCAUCCUAUGACUGAUUCUCAAGAUUAUCGCGUUUACGAAAACCAAAGAUGGAAUCCUGUCACUGGAUAUACUUCAGCAGGGCUACCAACUGAUCGAUACAUGUGGAGUGAUGCAACGGGCAAACAAAAGAGAACUAGAGAUCAAGUAAAACUGUUGUCGGUGAAAUGGCAGUGGGUUUCUGACUGGAUGAUCGAUUUUCACGUGCCAGGGGGAGUGGACAAGGAUGGAUGGCAGUAUGCUGUCGAUUUCCCGAGUACUUACCACGCCCAUAAAAAUUUCACCGAUUAUGUGAGACGAAGGCGGUGGUAUAGGCGGUGCGCUGUAGCCACGAUUGGGCCGUGGCAAGAGUUGGGCCACACGAAACUGAUUGAUGUGUCUUUGGAACCGGUGAAAGAUGAUGUGGAUAGUGUCAUAUCGGUGUGGGCAUUGGCUUCAGGAGGACAAGCGAUGUUCCGAACUGGAGUCACAAGGUCGAAUCCCACGGGAACAGGGUGGGAACACGUAACUUCGGACCAACCCCUUGGGAGUAUCAGUUGUGGUCCCUAUAAUUUGGUUUGGGCUAUUGGAAAAAAAGGUUGUGCGUAUUGGAGGGCCGGAAUUAAUGAAAAUAAGCUUGAAGGUGAUAGAUGGGUGUGUGUAGAGCCUCCUAACGGAGGUCAGUUAAAAGAAAUUUCAGUUAACUGUGUUGGGGUUUGGGGAGUUGAUCAUCUAGGACGGUUGCAUGUGAGGAGGGAAGUGACGGAGACGUUUCCUGAAGGGACGCACUGGCAAACUAUUACGGUCGAUCCGCUUGUACUUAAUUCAGCUCCAAAUACAACCGGAUUUAAACAUGUCAGUGUUGGAAGAAAUGAAGUCUGGGCUACGACCGACGGUGGUGCCAUACUUCGACGUACGGGAAUUUGUAAAACCAACCCUGGAGGGUCGGGUUGGUUUAUCGGGAUUCCGGGAAACUGGCAACAAGUCAGCGUCCGUGCAUUUAACUAAGUGCUAAAAUGUGAUUUUAAUUUUUUUAUCAGCUUUAUUUCUGUGAUAGUUUUAUUUGAAAGAAAAGGCAAGCUUAACUGAUAAAUUAUUUUAUAUUAUUUUUUGUUGUAAUUAUAAACAUUCCAUAUAAACCCAACACAUAUAAACAAUAAACUGUUACAAAAAAUAACUACA